GGGGGUUCAAGGAGGGGAGGAAAAGGUUUUGAUCACGUGGCCACGAAGUCAUUCUGAAAGUAUGAUGCUAACAGGGGCACUGCCCUCAGAAGUCUGAAAGGGCUCAGUGUGAGCAGUCCCAUGCAACGAGCAGAGUUUUCAGAGCCCUGAGUGGAUCGGCGCGGGCUGGCUGGUGGAAACAAAACAGACGGGCGGCUAGCGAAAUCAAAAAUGUCUAAUCAAAGCACCGAGGCCACGGACCGGAGCACCACACGAUCAUAUCUCCUCAUUUCCACCAUCAGCGCCGCCCAGGAGGAGCUCUCCACCUCAGAGAGCUCCUCGUCUGUGUUGAACAGGAUUGCGGCCAAUGACAUAACCUCCACGGCCAACUACGUCUACAGCUUCCUGGCCGUGCUGGGCUUGGUGGCGGGCUGCUUCCUGCUGCACAGCUUCGUUCAGACCUACAGGGCUCAGAGGCGCGUGGCCUUUCUGGACUGCCUCCUGUGGGCGUUCUGCGGCGUGCAGCUGCUCCUCCUGCUCCUGUCCCUGCACUCCGCCGCCCACCGGCCCGGCUUCCUGAAGAGCACGGCCGCGGGCUGCGCCGCCCUCUCCUUCGCCGUGAACGCCGCCUCUCUGUGCGCGCUGCUGGUCUUGGUGCUGAUAGCGUACGUGCUCACCCUGGACCCCCCCUCCCACGCGCUGCUGAGGAGGCCCGGGGUCUGCGCCGCGCUGGUGGUGCUGACCGCCACGCUCGCCUCUCUGCUGCUGGCGGGACUUCGCGGGCCCAGGGAGGGCUUGCAGAGCGUGGAGGACUGUGCGAUGGACCCGGCCCGCGCGGGCGUGUCGUACGCGGCCGCCCGGCUGUGCGUGAUCUGUCUGAUCCCCUACGCGCUCCAGACAGGACUCCUCACCGCCGGCUGCGUCCGGCAGUGGAGGUCUAAGGGGCGCUUCCUGUCCGGGUCUGAGGAGGGGCCCGUGUUCCUGGCCGUCACCACGCUGGUGUUCUUCUGCCAGCUCUUCUACGGCGUGGCGCUGAUAGCCGGGGCCCGGAUCGUCGCGGGGAGGAGCCCGAGCCCCCGCGAGCAGGCCUUCCUCAACGUGGCCGAGGGCGUGCUGUUCACGGGGAGCGCCGGCAGCCUCCUGCUGGUGCUGCUGGUGCACCGGCCGUGCCGCGAGAGUCUGACCGGGGUCCUGAGGCAGCUGAGAGACUGCUGCCGGAGGCCGGGAGGAGCACAGCCCAACCGGAACAUCAUAGCGCCACACAUCGAGAUCACAGACACUCUGCAGGACAUAGAGUCGUAGGAGGAAAGGGCGCUCCUGUUUCAGAGACCGAGCGGAGAGCCCGCACAGCAGACACCUUCCAGUGCUUUUUUCCUCCUACUGACUGCGUGAACCUUUUUAAAGAUGUACUUUACUC